AUGGCUGCACAGGACGAAGACCCUUUUGAUGAUCCUUCCAUAAAGAGCGCGGUAGCAGGCGGCGACAUAGACGAUCUCGAGUCAAAUCCAUUUGAGACAACGUCGCUGAAGCAGGGCGAUAGUGGUUACGCUCCGCAGGUGGAUUUGGAUGAGCAAGAGGAAAUCUAUCCUACGAGUACGCAUGGUACAGCGCCUGCCAAUGCUAUGCGCAUGGAUGAUAUUGCACGGCGUGAGCGCGAGAUAGAAGAGCGUGAGCGCGAGCUUGAUGCACGAACAGAACGCAUGCGUCAGUUUGGACGCAACAAUUGGCCACCUUUCUACCCCAUCGUGUACCAUGACAUUGCCGGUGAAAUCCCACCUGAUUCGCAGUGGAUAAUGAAGGAUGUAUAUCGUCUAUGGCUCUUACUAGCAGCAACACUGGUAUGGAACUUUGUGACGUGCCUGCUCCUUUUGAUAAUCACAGGUGCCAUAAGCGACCUAGUGAUGGGUGCCUUUUAUAUGGUGUUUAUCGGCACAGGCAGUUUCUUCCUGUGGUACCGGCCAUUAUACUUUGGUUUGAUGAAAGAACAUUCUUUCUUUUAUUACGUCUUCUUCUUGUUUUGCGGGUGCCACUUGCUCUUUUCCAUAUACGCUUUCGUGGGCGUCGCAGCCGCCGGCUGUGCCGGUGCACUGACAACAAUUCAUUGGUUCUUUGAACGUGGCUGGAAAGGCUGGCUCUUCGGUACAUUUAGUCUUAUCACGACGCUUGGCUUCUUUGCUCAAGGUGUGGGACUCGUGUGGUACUACCGUAUCAUCUGGCGACACAACCACGACAAGGGCCACACAUUUGAUCAGGCUAAAGCGGAGCUUGCAUCACACGGCAUGCGUGCCUAUCUGAUGAACAGUGCGCGUAUAUAG